AUGGCAAGGCCUGUGUCAGGGUGUAAGGCUAGGCCUGUGUCAGGGUGUAUGGCUAGGCCUGUGGCAGGGUGUAAGGCUAGGCCUGUGUCAGGGUGUAUGGCUAGGCCUGUGUCAGGGUGUACGGCUAGGCCUGUGUCAGGGUGUAUGGCUAGGCCUGUGUCAGGGUGUACGGCUAGACCUGUGUCAGGGUGUAAGGCCAAGUCUGUGUCAGGGUGUAUGGCUAGGCCUGUGUCAGGGUGUAAGGCUAUGUCUGUGGCAGGGUGUAAGGCCAAGUCUGUGUCAGGGUGUAUGCCUAGACCUGUGUCAGGGUGUAAGGCUAUGUCUGUGGCAGGGUGUAAGGCCAAGUCUGUGUCAGGGUGUAUGCCUAGACCUGUGUUAGGGUGUAAGGCUAUGUCUGUGGCAGGGUGUAAGGCCAAGUCUGUGUCAGGGUGUAUGCCUAGACCUGUGUCAGGGUGUAAGGCUAUGUCUGUGGCAGGGUGUAAGGCCAAGUCUGUGUCAGGGUGUAUGCCUAGACCUGUGUUAGGGUGUACGGCUAUGGUCUGUAUCAAGUUGUAA